CUCUCUAUCGCGCUCUCUCUCUCUCUCUCUCUCUCUCUCUCUCUCUCUCUCUCUCUCUCUCUCUCUCUCUCUCUCUCUCUCUCUGUGUGUGUAGACACUAUACAGGGCGAGCACCAGAGGAGGUUGUAUAAGGAGCUGUUGGAAAGCUACAACCGGCUGGAGAGACCCGUGGCCAAUGACUCCGCACCUCUGGUCGUGGAACUUGGACUCACACUGCUCCAGAUUAUAGAUGUGGAUGAGAAGAACCAAGUGCUCAUCACCAACGCUUGGCUACAGAUGGACUGGACAGAUGUGUAUCUAAGCUGGAACCCUGAGAAUUACCCAGGCGUUAAUAACCUCCGCUUCCCAUCCAGUCAGAUCUGGACGCCUGACAUCCUCCUCUAUAACAGCGCUGACGAGAGGUUCGACGCCACCUUUCACACCAACGUGCUGGUGAACUCCUCAGGAGCCUGUCAGUAUAUACCACCAGGUAUUCUGAAGAGUACGUGUUACAUUGACGUGCGUUGGUUCCCGUUCGACGUGCAGAAAUGCGACCUGAAGUUCGGCUCCUGGACCCACAACGGCUGGCUGCUGGACCUGCAGAUGCGGGAGGUGGACAUUUCCACGUACAUCCCCAACGGAGAGUGGGACCUCGUGGGGGUCCCGGGGAAGAGGAAUGAGCUGUAUUAUGAGUGUUGUAAGGAGCCGUACCCGGACGUGACCUACACGGUGACCAUCAGGAGGCGGACGCUGUACUACGGACUCAACCUGCUCAUUCCCUGCGUCCUCAUUUCAGGCCUCGCGCUGCUCGUCUUCCUGCUGCCCGCCGACUCUGGAGAGAAGAUCUCACUGGGAAUCACCGUGCUGCUGUCACUCACCGUCUUCAUGCUGCUGGUGGCGGAGAUCAUGCCCGCCACCUCCGACUCCGUCCCCCUCAUAGCUCAGUACUUUGCGAGUACGAUGAUGAUCGUGGGCUUGUCCGUCGUCGUCACCGUCCUCGUGCUGCAGUUUCAUCAUCACGAUCCACACGGAGGCAAAAUGCCAAAAUGGGUGCGGGUGAUCCUGCUCCACUGGUGCGCUUGGUUCCUGCGUAUGAAGAAGCCAGGCGAUGAGCGCAAGUCCCCCUACAGCUACUCCAGCACCAGCAGCCUGCAGAUGGGAAGCGUCCCCGGCCAGAUGGGCACCAACGGCCACACAAACCUCUACUUCGGCUUCCACUCGCCAGACAGCACCUGCUGCCCCAAUAGCAGCGACUCGGGCGUGUCGUGCGGAGUUUCCUGCAGCGGUGGGCAUCGUGAGGCAGCCCCGGCGCUAUCGGGCGAGCAGCGAGAGCUGCAGAGGCUCCUGGUCGAGGUGUCGUACAUGGCGCAGCGUUUCCGGGCCCAGGACGAGGCCGAGGCGGUGCGAGGCGAGUGGAAGUUUGCGGCGGCCGUGGUGGACCGCCUUUGCCUGGUCGCCUUCUCGCUCUUCUCCAUCGUGUGCACCUUCGCCAUCCUCAUGUCCGCGCCCAACUUCAUCGAGGCCGUCUCCAAGGACUUCACAUAAUCGCCCUGCGUUUAUCUUUUACACUGCAAUGAGAAAAACUAACCACUGCCCCUGUGUGUGUGUGUGUGUGUGUGUGUGUGUGUGUGUGUGUGUGUGUGUCACAGAGUGUAGGUCAGAAAUUCCAUCCGAGUGAGUGCGAGUACGGUGUUGAUCGACUUGUUGUUCCAUUAUUUUUGGGAAUGAACCAUUACUGUUUGUAGAAGUGCAAUACAAGCCACUGAGAUUCACGUCAGGUUGUUGACAAAAUGCUGAAGGUUUUGUAUAUUUUCGGCUGAAACAUUAACAUGAGCGUAUAACAAAAUGGUAUAAUGACGCAUAAUGAAUCAAAUCGAGCGGUUACAUCUACCGAACAAUAACCAGAUCUCUGCCACAGGCUGUGUGAGCGAAUGUGACUCAGUGAGCAAGUGAAUCAGUGUGAGACUAUUUAAAUUGGUGUGUGUGUGCGCGAGAGAAAGAGAGCACGAAUCAGUUGGAACUGAUCAGAGUAUGAGUCAGUGUGAAUCAGUGAGUCUGUCUGAAUUAGUGUGUGUGUGUGUGUGUGAGAAUCAGUGCGAGUCUAUUUGAAUCAGUGUGAGUGAAUCAGUGAGCCAAUAUGAAUUUGUGUGUACUUAAAGUAUUUUGUCGUUUUUGAAAUACAAAUCUGUAUAAUUAUUGAUUGGGAAAAGAAAAAAUAAUUAAUCCGAGUGUAUUUUUAAAAAUCGUGUUGUUUUCAAAGCCAGUCCUCCCUGUCCGAGUCCCUGUCAGACUGUAGUUUAUCGUGGCCGUUCACUUUUAGGCUCUCUGCAGCACUCGUAUAGCAGUAGCAAUUGAAUGCCUGUCACUUUAACACUUUCUUUUUUUUUCCCCCUCACCAAACACUGUGCUUUUGCUAAAUACCUGCCACAUCACACCGCCACCUGCAUAAUACUUCUUUUUAUCGCCGUUGCUGUUUUGCUUCUGCAAACGCGUCACUCGAUCGCUGUGUAAAUAUUGACGACUACUAAUGAGUCUCAGAACGCUUUGUAAUGGAAAAGUUAAGCGUGCUAUGAUUAUUAAAGCCCCUGCCAACUUAUUUUCAUAACUAACUCCUUACAAUAGACUACAGCUCAUGUGGCGAACUCGCUGUUAUGCCUUACUCCAACAUGACUAUUGCUAUCAGUGUGGCUCAAAAACCCGCCUCUGUUCAAGCACCAUGCCAUUCCUACUUUCCAGUUGAGUUCUCUCU